AUGUCCUGGCAAGCUUACGUAGAUGAUCAUUUGGUCGCCACUGGUAAAAUCACCAAAGCUGCUAUUUUAGGUAAACAGGGUGGUAUUUGGGCCGCUUCAAGUGGAUACAACCUCGCUCAAAAGGAACAAGAUGCAAUUGUGAAGACUGCGUUUACCCAACCUGAUCAACUACGAGCGAACGGUAUCACGCUGAACGGAUUUAAAUUCAUGACUAUCCGAGCGGAUGACGAGGAAGUAGCUGGACGAAAGGGAGAACGAGGAGUUUUCAUCAUUCCCACUAAUCAAGCUAUCCUUGUUGCAGAAUACGACGCACCUACCAUUGCAGGUGAUGCGAAUGUCGUCGUUGCCAAACUUGCUGAUUACUUGAAAUCCGUAAACUACUAG